AUGCUUAUGGAUGAGUAUGAGGAAAACAAGGACAUGUGUCCGAUCUGUAAGACAGACCGAUACCUUUCGCCUGAUGUAAAGUUUUUGGUGAAUCCCGAGUGUUACCAUAGGAUCUGCGAGUCGUGCGUCGAUCGAAUAUUCAGUCUGGGUCCUGCCCAGUGUCCGUAUAAAGGAUGUGACAAGAUUCUUAGAAAGAAUAAGUUCAAGACUCAGAUUUUUGACGAUGUGGAGGUCGAGAAAGAGGUCGACAUCAGGAAAAGAGUGUUCAACGUGUUCAAUAAAACUAUCGAGGAUUUCAACGGAGAUCUUGUGGAGUUUAACAGAUAUUUGGAAGAGGUGGAAGAUAUUAUUUACAAGCUGGAUCAUGGUAUCGAUGUGGCCAAGACUGAAGAGAAACUACGUACCUAUGAGGAACUCAACAAACAACUGAUUAUGAACAAUUUGGAGAGAAAUAAAACGGAGUUGGAAAGUUUUGAACAGAGACAGAAAUUCGAAAAGGAGAUGAAGUUGAAGAAGCGAUUAUUGGAAAAGCAAAUUGAAGUCGAGGAAAAGAUGAACAAAGAAUGGACGAAAAAGGAGAUCGUGAACCGGUUGAGUACGUCCACGCAGGACGUCAACGAAACAAUCGAGGGCGUCAAAAAUACGGUUAAACUGAAAAAAUCGUCCGCCAGAAGGAAAUUGGAAGAACUAAACAGGGUGCUGAAGAACAACCCGUAUUUCAAUUCAAACGUGAACGUGCAGAACUCCAGGCUCAAAGACGCUGCGCCCUUCACGCCGUUCAAUGGUGACAGAGAAACGCACCCAAGGUUUACGUUGAAGGGAUCGGUAUACAACGAUCCAUUCAUCAAAGAUCUCGAGCACAGGAAGGAAUAUAUUGCAUCCGGGUUCAACACAAACUAUGCGUACGAACGAGUCUUGACAGAGGCAUUUAUGGGUCUUGGAUGUGUUAUAUCCGAAGAACUGUGA